AUGGCCAUCCUGACGGACGAAGAACGCGAUAUCGACCCGUACGACGUGCUCGGCGUCACGCUCGAGAUGGGGGAGAAGGAGAUUCGCAAGGCGUAUCGUAAGCUCUCCCUCCGUUGUCAUCCGGACAAGAAUCCUGGUCCCGAAGCAGAGGCCAUGUUCCACUCUAUAUCUCUGGCGCUCGCCAUUCUUACCAACCCCGAGAAACGCAAGUUCAUCGAUGGAAAGUUAGCUCAGUCGCGGGCACAGGCUGUCCGCCGGGCUGAGAUGGACAGUAAGCGUAAGGCCAAGGUCGACGACCUGUUACGGCGAGAAGAGGAUGCAAAGCGCGCGCGCAAGGACGCUCUGGAUGCGAGGAAGGAGGCGGCUAAAGAUGAAGCCGUGCAUGAUGCUGGGCGCCGGAUGGUCGAGGAAAGGCGGAAACGACAGGAGGCCGCCAUCGCCGCCGCCCGACAAGAGAAGAAGUCAUCACCACCCCCUGCACCACCGCCUAUCUCCCCCGAAGAUCUGCAACUCAAACUCCAACUUCCUGUUGGAUGUACACAGGGCGAUCUCGAGACCGCUUUGAACAAGUACGGCGCUAUCGAGGCCGUACACGUCGCCCUGGCCAAGGGGAAGAAGGGGCCGCGCGCGCUCGUCGAGUUCGCUGCGGGUAACUGGGGCGGAUGCUGGGCAUGCAUGCACGAUGGGGCUGGGAUCGGCGCCAAAGCCAAGUGGGCGGCAGGGGAGCCUGCUUGGGUACAGUGGGCCGCUCAGCAACGGGAGAACGGUAAGGGAACCGGGUUUGGGUUCGGGUCGGCUCCUGAUAUCUCGGACAUGAAGGACCGACAGAGGCAGCGGGAAAAGGAUGCCGCGAUGGAGAGCGCGACGCUCCUCCGCAUGCGGCAGGCUGAGCGGGAGCGGAUGGUGGAGGAGAUUCGGCGCGCGGAGGCUUAA